CGGGCGCGCGCGUGCGUGUCUCUCCGUCGCAGUCCUUCCACGGGACGCGCCGUAACGGAGCUGCACGUGUUCUCUUUUGACUCGGCAACCACCCCCCGCAGUUACCUCCUCAUUACCCCCACACCUCCACCUAAUACCCCCGGGUGUCGGAUGAUCCGCGAGGACGCGGACCGCGCGCGGCCAUGGCGCUGGUGAUGGAGCCCAUCAGCAAAUGGAGCCCGAGGCAGGUGCUGGAGUGGAUGAAAGGUUUGGACGACUGUUUGCUGCAGUAUGUUCGGACGUUUGAGCGUGAGCAGAUCACGGGGGAGCAGCUUCUGCACAUCACCCACCAGGAGCUGGAGGAGCUUGGGGUCACUCGCAUCGGCCACCAGGAGCUCAUCCUGGAGGCGGUGGACCUGCUCUGCGCGCUGAAUUACGGCCUGGAGACGGAGAAUCUUCGCUCUCUCUCCCACAAACUCAAUGCCUCGGCCAAGAACCUCCAGAACUUCAUCACCGGCCGCCGCCGUGGGGGUCAUUACGAUGGCCGAGUGUCGCGACGACUGCCCAACGACUUCCUCACGUCAGUGGUGGACCUGAUAGGGGCGGCCAAAAACCUGCUGGCCUGGCUGGACAGGUCUCCGUUUGUCAGUGUCACUGAGUAUUCGGUGCUGAAGAACAACAUUGUCCAACUCUGUCUCGAGUUAACCACCAUAGUGCAACAGGACUGCACUGUGUAUGAAACUGAGAAUAAGAUUCUACAUGUGUGUAAGACUCUCUCGGGUAUCUGUGAGCACAUCAUCUCUCUGUCGUCUGAUUCUCUGGUGUCGCAGUCUGCCCACCUGGAGGUCGUUCAUCUGACCAACGUCAUGCCCAAUGAAGGCCUAGGGAUGUAUAUUAAAUCCACCUAUGAUGGUCUCCACGUGAUAACAGGCACUACGGAGAACUCUCCUGCUGAUCUAUGUAAGAAGAUUCAUGCGGGUGAUGAGGUCAUUCAGGUGAACCACCAAACUGUGGUUGGGUGGCAGUUGAAGAAUCUGGUGAAUUCUCUUCGUGAAGAUCCGAGUGGAGUCAUCCUCACGCUGAAGAAACGGCCUCAGAACACAUUCGGCUCCACCCCGGGCCUGCUGAAAAAUGCCCGCUGGAAGCCCCUCGCGCUGCAGCCCCUCUCCACCAGUCCGUGCAGCGGGUCUCCAACGCCGCCCAGUACUCUAGGGUCCCUGGGAGUCUCACCUGGUCUGGACACGCCUGUUGGACAUGAUGUGUUCAUUCUGUCCCCAGUGUUUGGACACAGGGAGGACGAGUCUGAACGGAUGGGUUUCGGAGUGUUUGGUUCAGAGUCUCCGGGGUUCUAUGUGGAUCAGGAGGGUCUGGGGGGGCAUCACUUCCCUCUGCUGGAUGAUGAAACCGGCAGGAAUGCUGGAAUACGGCGCAGAGACCGGACUCCCACACGCAGUGACCCCCGGCAAAUCUCCAUGGCAACGGAAUGGCUUGCAGAGCCUCAAGAAUCUGGGGUGUAUAAGCGAGGAAGCAGAGACUCUGACUCCUCCCUCUUGCGGUUCCUGAGUGAUGACAGGAUCCUAGUCUUACAGGAAGAGGCCGAGUUUUCCCCACGUGACACGGGCUGGCGGACCAGGAAGAAGAGUCGAAAUCCCAGCAGCCCCAGCUUUCCCAUCAGCCCCUCCAUGCUUGCCCCACCUGUGCGGCUGGACUCAGGACCCCCGGACGGGCUCCCAUUCCCCGUGUCUGACUCCAACACCAUGCCGCACUACCAUAGGGCCUCAGACACGAUCCGGGCCGAGACAGACAGGUAUGCAAGCUCUGCAGGGGACAGACAAGCAGCAGCAUCCAUGAGGAAGUCUGUGCAUUAUGCCUCCUUAAGGACCAAGACCAAGAAGAAGAACAGAGGGUCUCAGAGUAACUCGAGUCGGAGGCGUAUAGCCUGUAAGGACCUGGGCCAUGGAGACUGUGAAGGAUGGCUAUGGAAGAAGAAGGACGCCUCUGGAUACUUCACUCAGAAAUGGAAGAAGUACUGGUUCGUCCUCAAAGACUCCGACCUCUACUGGUACACCAAUCAGAACGACGAGAAGGCGGAAGGCUUCAUCAGUCUGCCGGAGUUCAGGAUUGACAGAGCGAUCGAGUGCAGGAGGAAACACGCUUUCAAGGCCUGUCAUCCCAAAAUUAAAAGCUUCUUUUUCGCAACCGACCACUUGGAAGAGAUGAACAGGUGGAUGAAUCGUCUGGGCUUGGCUGCAAUUGGCUACACCCCUGAUGACCCGGUGCCCCGUCCAGAUGAAGAUUAUUGGAGUGAGAGUGAUCAGGAGGAGAUGGACGGCUCCAUGACGCUCAAGCAGGAGUCAACCUACCAUCGCAACCCAUCCGCGAGCUCAUCCAGCCCAUUCGCUGAGCGGCACUUCUCCAGCGGCUCCACCUUCUCCCACUCGUCUGCCGAGGACUCGCAUUCAUCCUGUCGCUCCACCCAUCGUGAGCGCCGCUCCUGGCAGGACCUAAUUGAGACGCCGGUGGGCAGCUCAGGCCUUCACUACCUCCAGACUGUAGGGGGCAGCGCAGUGGGGGAGGGACGGGUCAUGCCACUGUCACCUGAGAGACUCCGGCAAGCCACUCUUCCAGCCCGGCGCCGGCGGUGCCCACCCGAACGUGAUGGCCCUUUUCCACUGACAGACAGCGAGGAGCCCCGCCCGCGGCACAACCAUGCCCACAAACAGAGGAGCCAGAGCCUCCCACGGAACAGGGGGGUCCUGCACACACACACGGGACACGCUCACGCCCACGGGACACUUCGGCCUCGAACACGUCUCCACGAGGAGGAGGAUGAAGAAGAGGAAGAGGAAGGUGUGCAUGAAGCUCAGCAGAUGGACCCGCUGGAGGAGCUUUACCGCUCUCUGGAGCAGGCCAGCGUCUCCGCCUUCGGUCACCAACGGCCCUCCACGCGGCAGGAGUUCAGGCGGUCUUUCGUCAAGCGCUGCAAUGACCCAGCCACCAAUGAGAGGCUCCACCGCAUAAGAGCCCUGCGCUCCACACUGAAGGCUAAGGAAGGAGACCUUUCAGCCAUCGGUCAGGUGCUGGACGACCCUUGCCUGACCUCGCGGAAGUUUCGAGAGUGGAAGCAGAGGAACCACGAGCUCUUCCUGGAUAUCUGCGAGUUUAGCUCCGUCCCUCUGGAGCCGCCCACCGAACCCAACGACCUCUCACCUCUCUCUCCAACACUGUUGAUGCACACACACUCGUUUAUAGAGACCCACGUGUGAAACGCACACACACACACACUCUGCUUUACACAGAGACAUAUCUGAACCAUGCAUAGACACAGCACUGCGCAAAAGUCAGAGACCCACUUAUUUAUCCGGUCAAAACAGCCAUUAAGUUUGUCUUUGUAACAGAGUUGCGCAAAAGCCUUGAGAGGGACGAGUUUGAUAUUCAAUCUAUUAGUAUGGAAUUUGUCUGCUAUACUUUUAUGCGCCUACUGACAGUUAAACUGACUCACCCAUCUAACCUUAAAACCAACCAGUUCCAGCUGUGUCCUCCCAACAAAAGCUGCCCCCCCAAAGAUCUCACUGACAGUGUGUCCUCCUUCAAAGAGAAAUUAAAGGUGCUUUUCCACUGCUUGGUACCGGCUUGACUCAACUCGACUCGACAAAAAACGCUUUGGUACCAACUCUGUCGAGGUUCCAAGCUGAUACCAAAGGUGGCGUAAAACGCUACUGACUACUGAUUGGUCUGAGAGAAUUGCUAAAUAAAAUGGCCUCUUGUUUCUCCUUUUUUGAGCAACCAGAAUCAUCUCGCUGUCUGAACGCUGGUAUAGUUUUUCCCAAACUCUCCUUUUUGUUCAGCAGUCUUUUGUCUUGCUGCCAUCAGUUUUGUUUGGCAUCGCUACGAGAACCUGCUACACUGAGGAGGUUCUAUAUCUGGAGCGGAAAAUGAGUAGUAGUAGCUGGUACCAAAAGUGAGUCGAGUUGAGUCGAGCCAAGUCGAGUCCGUACCAUGCAGGGGAAAAGCAGCUCAACAUUCGCACGACUACUCAGACUCACCUGCUGCACAUAUUUAUCUCUCGUAUGAUUAACAGGAGUUUAGAUAUUCAAUAAUCCACUUGCAAAAAGGAGUCUCCAAAACUGGAAUUCAAAAAAUUAUUCAAAGCUACAGAGAAAAUGGGACUCCUAGCAACCACCUGGAAGACCUGGUAGACACCAAAGCUGCCACCAUCAGAUAAACAGCAUUUAAGGUUUUAUGAACUGAUGAGUAUUGAUCUGUUAUUGGUUUUGGUCGGAUCUCCAGAAGCAGAAGGUUCAACCAACUUCUAAGGCUGAACUUUGGAGGUGUGCCUGCAGAUUUCUGUGAGAAACUGUAAUUAAAGUUACAGAGUGGACACACGAAAUACUGAAGAAAACUAUGUAAUAUUUAUUCAUCAAGGCUUCUGUGUUUUUUUUCUGUCUUACUUUGUGCUUAAUGGCCGUUUUGGCUGGACUUUAAAUGAUUGACUUUUGCGCAGCGCUUAUUAAACUAAAGGACAGAAAUACGUUGGGCUUUUUGGAGGAAAUCACACACAUGAACUAAACACUGUGGAAUCAAAUGCCCCAGGUUAUCUGAUCCUUACUGCCCAUCCUUGACCAUAACUGACCACUAUGUGAGCCAGAGCACUGUAAAAUAACUUUUAAGGCGUUUCGCAAAGACUCUAAAACUUGCGCCACGUCCCCGUCUGCGUCUACCUUCGCUGGCUUCGUGCAGGUGAACGUCGCACCCGUCCAAACUUCAGGCCACCUGAUGUGACCACUUCAUCUGUUUUUAACCGACCACAGCUGUGUCGACACCAUGCAAAAGAGAUGCAUCGUUUUUUCUUUCUUCCUGGAAGCGUUUCUUUUCCCUUCCUGUGUGGAUUGUUCCAGUUUUUCUUCUUGCAUUUGUUUGUUUAUUUGUUUAUCUCCUUCCCUCAGAAUGCUGCAGGAAGAGCGCUCAUGUAGCCAUGGGCAACGGGCUUCACUCUGUUACCAAGCAACACCGCCCUACUGUGUUAACUCUGGACGACUGUCAGAGCAUGCAAGACUGUGCGUGAAUGUGAGCGAGAGUGAGAGCGCGAGAGCGCGCGCGCGAGAGAGAGAGAGCGAGAGAGCGAGCGAGCGAGAGAGAGAGAUGCUGGGAGAAGACUGAUGUAUUUCCUGUGCAUUUUCGAUGUAGGAAUGGCCGGACGUGGCGGCAGCCAGUGGUGCGUCUGUGAUCCGAAUGACACUCGGGUUCUUUAGAGUAUUUAGAACGUAGCUAAACUCCUGCAUGGUUUAACGAUAUAUUCAAAUAUUGCCAAAAUGGGCUGAUGACGUAUGUAUAUAAGACGAUAUUCUUUGCCGAGCUGCAUCCUCUGUUCGAAAACUGUGAACUUCAAUUGUGAAUGCAAUCUUCUGGUACUGCAAAGACAGAAGCUUUCUACUUCAAUAUUUUCUUUUUCUAAAAAAAGAAAAGAAACAAAAAAAGAAAAGAAGAAAAAAAGGACGACAAAACGUACAAAAAAAGCUUUGCUUAUCUGGUAUUCUGACUGUUUUCUGCUCGGGGUCGGCCGUGCGGCUGGCUAUUACCUCUUAAGCUAUGGGUUAUAUUCAGGUUGGAGAAUUUUCCUUUUCCUUCUUUCUCGUCGUAUGCACUUCCCGCGAGAGUUCUGGAAUUCUGAAAUUUUCCGGGAAAUUCUUGACUUGCGUCCAAAUCUGAGGUCUUGUGUGUUUGUGAGCUUUACUGCAACCUGACAGGUUCGUGUUUAACCCUUAGAAGUCUGGACAUUGCUGGACUAUUUAAAUGAAUGCGAUUGGAUUAUAACAUACAAAUGUGUGCAUAAGUUUAGGCACCCCAGCCAAACUGUGUUAGUUGAUUUUCUAAGUGAAAACGUUCCUUUCUUAAACUUAAAAAUGAUGGUUAUCAGGGGUUCUUUAGUACAGAAAAAGGUUCUACGUAGAACCAUGGACACACACAAGAAUCCUUUG